AUGUCAACCUCAAAGGCAACGUCACGGACGGCAGAGUUCAAGUCUUGCGUCGAGACGAUCAGGCUGAGAUCGGCUCACUUGCCAUCCGAGCACAAGCAGCGGUUGUUGCCCUCUGGCAGCUCACAGCCAGCGCAACGGACAGAAUUCGCACGACAGGCUGCUCAGAUCGGCAAAGACAUCCAGUCGACGACCGCAAAAUUGGGCAAAUUAGCUCAACUGGCCAAGAGGAAGACAUUGUUCGAUGACAGGCCUGUCGAGAUCUCAGAGCUGACGUACAUCAUCAAGCAAGACAUCAACAAUCUCAAUGCGCAGAUUGCAAAGCUGCAGCUCGUUGUUCGGUCCGGUCAGGCUCAAGCUGGCGGGAGCGGCAAAGGCUCGAAACAGGUCGAAGAACAUAACAACAACGUCGUCAUGAUGCUACAGGGAACCUUGGCAAAGACGAGUAUGAAUUUCAAGGAUGUCUUAGAAGUCCGCACUCAGAACAUGAAGGCAACAAAGUCACGGACGGAGCAAUUCGGGUACUCUACACAGCCAGGACCUUCCGCAGGCCCUGCAUCAGUUCUCCGUGCUCGCUCCACUGCUGCUUCUACACCGCCUUCUCGUCCAGAUUCUCCCCUCUAUGCACAAGCGGGAACCGGCACAGCGAUAGCGGCACGAAGCGCCACGCCGCUCGGCAUGACAUCUGCGACGGGCGGAUUUGGCGCCCAGGAGAAAGGCAAGGCGAAAGCCGACGGCUCUGCAGAUUUCUUAGCGCUCGACAUGGGUGGGGGGCCGAGCCAGCAAGGACAGAGUGCAGAUGGGCAAUACAUGCAGAUGGAGAUGAUGGAGCAACAACCGCAGGACAAUUACCUCGGGCAGCGCUCGACGGCGAUAGAGUCAAUAGAGUCCACCAUCGCCGAAUUAGGGUCCAUCUUCUCACAGCUGGCGACAAUGGUAGCGCAGCAGGGCGAGACUGUGCAGAGGAUAGAUGCGGAUACGCACGAUAUCGCGACAAAUGUCCAGGGCGCGCAAAGGGAGCUGCUCAAGUAUCUCUCAUCUGUGCAGUCGAACAGGUGGCUCAUGCUCAAAGUCUUUGGACUCUUGACAGUCUUCUUUCUCAUCUUUCUUAGUCAUUCUCCUUGCAGAUCGCUUGCGGAUGCAGUCAAGCGCAAUGCUCCAGUACGAGUACGGCUCCUCUCGCUAGAUCUACUCAGGGGACUAUUGAUCGUCCUCAUGGCCAUCGAUCACGCUUCGCUCUUUCUGGGCAACUGGGCGCACGGCGGUGAAACUUAUUCCAAUCGAGUGACAGAAUGGCCGACACCGUUACAUUACACAUUGAGGACUCUCACACAUGCUUGUGCUCCCGGUUUCGUUCUCCUGCUGGGGAUAGGCAACGUCUACUUCCUAAAAUCACGACUCAGAUUACAAUGGAAAUCGCCGAGACUCAUUCGGCACUUCGUCCUGCGGGGCUUUCUGCUUCUCUUUGCAAAUCAAGCUCUGACAAUUGGCCAGCUGGUCGCUACACGCUUCCAGGUAGUCAUGUUUACAACGCCUCUCUGGAUGCUUGGCUGGGUCUAUGCGCUGUCCGGCAUCAUUCUGCUCGCCUUGACGCAAAGUGAGGAUGCGCUCGCGGCUCGUACAAAGAUGACUUUGCGAGGCUGUCAAUGGAUCGGAGACACAUUCCUUGCAGCAUCCAUCGUUGCUCUACAAGCGAUGACUGUUCUCCUUUGCCCCAGUCCAGACAUCGCCGUCGGAGAUCGAUCCUUUUGGUUCUACGCGCUGUUCCAGCCUGUGCCUGCUACAUCCGGAGGGGACUGGAGCAAGCUGGCUAUCUAUCGCUGCGUACUGUUCUACUCGCCAAUUGGGUGGCUGUCCUUUGCCCUUUUGGGCCUGCUGUACGGCCGCUGGCUCAGCCGGAAAACGCGCACCGAGUCUUCCAUCCUGGCUGUCAACAUUGCUCUCGGCGUCGUUCUUUUCGCGCUGUUCGUUUCGACGCGAGUACUUCGCUGGGGCAAUACAAGCGACGGGUUGCUACCUUCUCAGCAAACCCAAACUACUCAUCUGCCGUCAGAUCACAAUCCGUACUACACUUCUGUAUUCAGCUUUCUUUACAGCAUCAAAUAUUCGCCAGAUGUCGCAUACUCAUCUCUCUGGAUCGGCGUCAAUUUCCUGCUCAUGGCAGCGUUGUCCCUGAUACCCGCCAAAGUAGCAGAGCGGCUGCCGUUAAUCGUCUUUGGCCGGACGUCCUUUUUCUUCUUCAUUGCGCAUAUGCUCGUCUUCAGUUACGUGUCGCCAGCGAUAUGGUCAUUCUUGCAACAACCGGUGCGGGGAGGUGCAGGCAAAGUCGCCAUCAUGUACUUUGGCGGCCUGUUCGGACUCUACUUUGCGUGCAGGUCAUAUCUCAGAUUCAAGGACAAGACCGUUGAGGGCGCUGGCAUCCGCGGCGCGUCGUUCCUUUUUAUCGCGCUUUCGACGCGUCGUCGACCAGAUCAGCUCUCGGCCAAAGCCAAAGGGAGAACACGCAUCACGGGACGCCACACUUGCAUUGAUCGCAUUCGCACACGCACACGCCCGCACGGCUCGCUACAGCCGGUCUCUUCGCUGAGAAUCGUCACGCACGGACCUGUCGACGUUCCAUCUCGUCUGCCAGGCGACAACUCUGCACGCUCGAAGCUGAGCCAGCAGGCAGUCAGGCACAUCUGA